AUGCAUCGGCUCCACUCCCUCCCAAACUCCAUCUCCCGCCUCUGUCGCUUGCAGUUACUGGCGAUCGAUGCCGAAACCCUUCCUGUUCUGCCUGAGACAAUAGGGAAGCUUUCAGCACUCACAUCCCUCAAACUUUACUGUCUCUUCAGCUUGACUGCUCUGCCUGAGUCAAUCGGGCAGCUGAAGAAACUUCAAUCUUUGUACAUUCACAACUGCCCCGGCCUAACCAGCCUUCCCAAGUCCUUCCCUGAUCUCUGCGGGCUGGAGUCGUGCUAUUUGUCAGAGGUCGGAAUUUCGCAGCUGCCCGAGUCUUUUUCACAGCUGCCCGGACUGGAGGACUUGGGCCUGUUCCAGUGCGAGCAGCUGGCUCGGUUACCCUCGCGCCUGCUGCAGAUGGGGAAGCUGCUGGCAUGCACUGUCAGUGAAUGCCCACUGCUGUCGGUAAAUGGGAGGGUGGAGAUUCACGGUGCAGCGAACCUGGACGAGGGAGAGCGUGUGGUGGGUGGCUCGGAGGAAGGGGAUUCGGAAGAUGGAAAUGAUUCGGAGGAAGGGGGUGAGUCGGAGGAAGGGGAUGAUUCGGAGGAAAGGGGUGAUUCGGAGGAAGGGGGUGAGUCGGAGGAAGGGGGUGAUUCGGAGGAAGGGGGUGAUUCGGAGGAAGGGGGUGAUUCGGAGGAAGGGGGUGAUUCGGAGGAAGGGGAUGAUUCGGAGGAAGGGGGUGAUUCGGAGGAAGGGUUUGAUUUAGAGGAAGGGGAUGGUUUGGAGGAGGAGGAGGAGGAGGAGGAGGAGGAGGAGGAGGAGGAGGAGGAGGAGGAGGAAUCAUAG